UCAUCUACUAAUCUACAAUCACCCAGAAGAGAAGCCUUGCAAGAAAAAAGAAAACCAGUAAUAAAGAAAACAAAAUGGCAACCUCAACCACCCUUUCCAAAUUCCUUCAGAUUGGAUCAUCAACAAUUUUGAGAAGCAACAGCCCUUUGAGCCACAGGUUCUUUGUUACUGCUGCCCCAGGGCCUCUGCAGGCCACUGCAGAACAACAUGCUGGGGAUGCAUGUAAGAAGGCAUCAGAGGCUAUAAAACAUGGAACCCAAAGUGUGAUACUGGCCGGCGAAGACAUGAUGGGAAAGGCUGGAAGUACAGCAAAUCAGUUCGGCCAGAAAGCCAAAGAAAUGGCUGGAAAGGCAUCUGAUUCAGCACAGGACCUUAGCAACAAAGCGACCCAAAAGGCCAAGGGCGCAUGGGAAACAACCAAGGAGACCACUGAAAAGAUGAAGGACACAAUGGCUAGCAAAGGCCAAGAGACAAAGGAAUCCAUGAAAGAAAGUGCUGAGAAUGUCAAGCAAGCCAUGGAUACCAAGAAUUGAUACCCAAUCGAUUUCUCAACAUGAUAGCCUAUUGCUUUAUCGGCUCUGUAAUUAAUUUUUUCUUCUUUUACACCCCUUUCCUGAAAGGGAUUUUAUUUUGUAAAAAUGGAACACAAAGUACUUUUCCAUGUAGUAUCUUAUAGAUGGUCAGAGAAAAUAUAAUAAAUUCCAUCUCUUAUAUUUUUGUAUUGCAUGCAUUAGGCUUUUUGGUAUGAGAUUUAAUUAGUAACAUAAUAACUUGAUGUAACAUUAUGUGUCAAUAAAUUGAUGUUUGAUGUAAUAUUAUAUGUCAAUAAUUUGAUGUAACAUUAUAUGUAUAUAUGUCAAUAAAAUUCCA